CUCCGAGUGAAACCUCCAUCGCUUUGUGAGGGCGCCGUCAGAGAUGCAGCUGCUGAGAGGAGGCAACAUGCUAGCGACCGCUGUCUUCUUGCUGGGUGCAGCCUCCUGUGUGGCCGCCAAAGGUGGUGCAGCAACAGGACCCCGACUCAACAACAACCAGCUGUAUAAAUUCAGUUACACCACUGAGGUUCUAGUCGACUCGGCCUGGGGGUCGAAGAAGGGCAGCUCGGGCUACAAGAUCUCCAGUGAUGUGGCCGUCAACCUGGUGUGGAGAGAUCCCAGCAACGAUGACGAGCAACUGAUCCAGCUGUCGAUCUCCAAUGUUAAAGUGGACCCUGCAUCCUCUCUGUCAGAGAAGAGCAACGUUCUUCACGGAGCAACCACAGAGAGUCUCCUGGGGAAAUCCAGACUGGCUGCUUUAACCAAGCCUUUCUUUGUUCAUCUGAAAAAUGGAAAGACAAAAGCUUUCUACAGCUACUGGGCGGAGCCAGCACUGAUCAAGAACCUGAAAAGAGGCAUGGCCAGCUUGCUGCAGUUCCAGCGCCACACUGGGAAGGUCAUUGAGAACGACGUGUCUGGAAGAUGCACCGUUGACUACAAGACGACAGCAGAUGAAGUUACAAGAACAAAGAUCCUGGAGUCGUGUAGGACACCAGAGCACGGAUUCACUACACACAGCCAGGUGCUCGGUGUGACCAGGAAGUCUAGUUCUGUUACAGUGUUCAAACUGGAGGACGGUUUCAUCCGGUCUGCUGUGUCUGAAGAGACCCACCUGCUGUCUGUCAACACUCACAGAGCUACUGCAGCUAAAGUCGUGUCCAGACAAGCUUUAACUCUGCGUGGCACUGAGGCCGGACCCUUGGAGGCUGCUGGAAAAGACGUCGCUGGCGUAGUUAAGUCCAUCGAUGAAAAACUAGCAGCUGUUGGAGUCGUCGCUGAGAAGGUCACAACUCAGUGUAAAGGUUGCCCAUCGCUAUUCCAACUCUGGCAGUCCCAACAGAGGCAUCUGGAGCCUGUCGGUCUGUCCAAGGCCACGGCUCCACGCAGCUUCCUGGCCCUGAUCCAGAACAUUAGGAAGGCGUCCAAAAGCGAGAUCCUCAAAGUGUUGAAAAGUGCCAGUAAGACAACUCUACCUCAAGUGGUGGACGCGGUGACGUCCUCACAGACCGAAGCGUCUUUGGAUGCCAUGCUUGCAUUUCUGAACUUCACUGAUGCCAACGGCUUGGUCCUGCAGGAGAGGUUCCUUUAUGCUUGUGGCUUCGCGUCCCAUCCUAAUGAAAGGAUGCUCCAGGCUCUGAUGGACAUUUACAAGGGGAAGAUUGGCAGUAAUGACAUCAAGGAGUCUGUCGUGAUCAUCAUGGGCGCUCUGGUGCACAAGCUCUGCCUGAAAGGAGGCUGCAGCUCACCGAUUGUGACCCAGGUGAAGGAGUUGAUUUUGCAUGGUCCCGACAGCACACAGGAGGAAUCCGAGGUCCAGAUGUACCUACUGGCUCUGAAGAACUCUUUACUCCCGGAGGCCAUUCCCAUCUUCACCAAAUAUGCCGAGUCAGAGGUCGGAGCUUUCAACACCAUCGCCCUCACCGCCCUGCAGAGAUACGAUACCAGCCUCAUGACGGAUGAGGUUAAGCAGACCGUCAACAGAAUCUAUCACCAGAACCGCCGCAUCUAUGAGAAGAACGUGAGAGCAGCAGCUGCUGACGUCAUCCUCAGCAGCAACCCCUCCUACGUGGAGGUCAAGAAUCUGCUUCUGUCCAUCGGCAACCUCCCCCAUGAGAUGAACAAGUACAUGCUGUCAAAGAUCCAGGACAUCAUUCGCUUCCAGAUGCCAGCCAGUAAAGUUUUGAAACGGGCCAUGAAGGAUUUGAUCGCUCACAACUACGAUCGGUUUUCAAAGGUUGGAUCGUCGUCAUCAUAUUCUGGAUUCAUGGCACAAUCUGCUGAUGUCAGCUCCACAUACAGCCUGGACAUCCUGUACUCCGGCUCCGGAAUCCUGCGGAGAAGCAACAUGAACAUCUACGGAGCAAGUAAAGGAGCGACGCUACAUGGGCUGCAGGUGGCUAUCGAGGCGCAAGGCCUGGAGUCGCUGAUCGCCGCCACACCUGACGAAGGCGAGGAAGACCUGGAGUCGUUUGCCGGGAUGUCCGCUCUGCUUUUCGAUGUCCAGCUUCGACCCGUCACGUUCUUCAAAGGCUACAGUGACCUCAUGUCCAAAAUGUUCUCCAUGACUGGGGAGCCCAUGAACGUGGUGAAGGGGCUGAUCCUGCUGACUGAUCACUCUGAGGUGCUCCAGCUCCAGUCUGGACUGAAGGCCAGCGCAGAGUUCCAGGGAGGUUUAGCCAUCGACAUCUCAGGAGGGAUGGAGAUCAGCUUGUGGUACAGGGAGUCCAAAACCAGCGUCAACAACAGAGGAGCCUUAGUGGUCACUGGUAACGUCACUGUGGAUAUGGACUUCCUGAGAACCAGCGUGGAGGUCAGCUUCCAAACAGAAUCCUCCCUGGACUUCAUCACCACAGUCCAGUUCUCCGAGUAUCCCUUCCUGGUUUGCAUGCAGAUGGAUAAAUCAACUUUCCCCAUCAGCGAAUAUGUCAGCAAAUAUGACAGUCUUGCUUCCGGGAAAAACGUUGCGUCCCGUAAGAGCAGGAAGCAGCACAUUCCCGGCUCCGAAUUUCCUCUCCACCAGGAGAACUCCAACAUGUGCAAGAGGGUUUUUGACUCCAGUUGGUAGUCAAGAAGGAAGACCGCUCAGUGGGAUGCUUUCAGGGACCGAGACAGACUUACAGAAGAGAGAAGUGGAUGUUUAUGCAACAAGACGUGCAACGUUUACAUUCCUCUGACUAUUUAAUUCAUUGUCAAUGUGCCUUAUUGUUUGCAGUCCGGCGUCCUGUGAUGACUUUUUAUGGAUUUUUCUUGUAUUUAUGAGGCACACAGGAGAUUAAUAUUUUAUUGAAUGCAAGAUGUUCAAAUUUCAAGCCCCACAUUUAAAAUUAUUUUUGAUGUACAUACCUAGGGAAAAUUUUUCAAUUUCAUUUUAAUGGAUGUCCAUUUCUGUUGUAAGAAGAAAAAAAAACUUUAAUAAA